AUGUGUCUCACAAUCAAAUACAUCUACACCUGCGGCCACGCAGCCUACCACCCGACGCAACCCUGCAGCCCCACAUCCUCAGCCCUCAAUUGUCCCGAUCAGGAAUAUCAAGAACUAGACAUGUCACGUAUGUGCAAUAAGUGUUUGGGGGAUAGAGGAGCCGCGUUUGAGAUUGCGGGGGCGGGGGAGAGGAGGUUGGAGGUGGGGGUUAGGAGUAGGAUGGGGAUUGCUGAUAGGGGAAGGUUGCAGAGGGAGGUAGAGAGGCAGAGGAGGGAGGAGAAUGGGGAGAGCGUGAGGAAUGGGAGGAAUGGGAGGAAUGGGACUGUGAGGAAUGGGAGGAAUAGGACUGUGAGGAAUCUUCAGAAGAAGAGGAAGAUUGAGAAGGAGGCGGGGUGUUGUGGGGUUAUGUAG